CACCACGUGACACCCCCAGCUAAAAAAAAUUUCCAAGAUGGCGGAACCCGUCACGGGCUGAGUCCGUCGGUGGCGCGCUCCGCGCCGGGGGGGCCAUCGCCGCGCAGCGUCCCCGUCUCGCCCGCCGCCCAGGUUCCCAUUUUAAAAGCCAUUGGAAGACACUCUGCCACCCUCUUGGAUUACUUCCCAUACGGCUCAUCAUGUCACUGUGCCCUGGAUUUUACAAGGUGGCCAUGAUUUAAUUUCCACUUCCCACUCCUAUGUAUUGGUGAAGCACUGGAGCUCUUCUGAGCUACUGUUACUCCCGUGGGAACUGAUCUGUCUCGAAUCCGUUCUCCUAAGGACUAGAUAUUGCCAGCAAUGAGCUCCCAAAGCCAUCCAGAUGGGCUUUCUGGCAGAGACCAGCCAGUGGAGCUGUUGAAUCCACCUCGAGUGAACCACAUGCCCAGCUCUGUUGACGUGAGCACAGCCCUGCCCUUGCAAGUGGCACCGAGCUCAGUGCCCAUGGACCUGCGGCUGGACCACCAGUUCUCCAUGCCGGUGACGGAGCCCACACUGCGUGAGCAGCAGCUGCAGCAGGAGCUGCUGGCCCUCAAGCAGAAGCAGCAGAUCCAGAGGCAGAUCCUGAUUGCGGAGUUCCAGCGGCAGCAUGAGCAGCUCUCCCGGCAGCACGAGGCACAGCUGCACGAGCACAUCAAGCAGCAGCAGGAGAUGUUGGCCAUGAAACAUCAGCAGGAGCUAUUGGAGCACCAGAGGAAGUUGGAGCAGCACCGACAGGAGCAGGAGCUGGAGAAGCAGCACCGAGAGCAGAAACUGCAGCAGCUGAAAAACAAAGAGAAAGGGAAAGAGAGUGCAGUGGCAAGCACGGAAGUGAAGAUGAAAUUGCAGGAAUUUGUGUUGAACAAGAAGAAGGCUCUGGCCCACCGGAAUCUCAACCACUGCAUAUCCAGUGAUCCUCGCUUCUGGUACGGGAAGACCCAGCACAGCUCUCUGGACCAGAGCUCCCCACCCCAAAGUGGCGUCUCCGGCACCUACAACCACCCAGUCCUGGGGAUGUACGAUUCCAAAGAUGACUUUCCACUCAGAAAAACAGCCUCUGAACCCAACCUGAAACUGCGCUCCAGACUAAAGCAGAAGGUGGCUGAGAGGAGGAGCAGCCCGCUCCUGCGCAGGAAGGACGGGCCUGUGGUGACGGCGCUCAAGAAGCGCCCACUGGACGUCACAGGAACGGCGGACUCUGCAUGCAACAGUGCUCCUGGAUCUGGUCCCAGCUCUCCAAACAACAGCUCCAACAACAUCAGCACUGAGAAUGGAAUUGCAGGAUCAGUCACGAGUAUCCAGGCAGAGACCAGUCUGGCUCACAGGCUUGUGAACCGUGAGGGCUCUGUGACGCAGCUCCCGCUCUACACCUCACCCUCCCUGCCCAACAUCACGCUAGGACUGCCUGCCACCGGCCCUUCUAGCGCAGGACAAGCACAGCAGGACGCAGAGAGGCUGGCAAUCCCAACCUUACAGCAGCGGAUCUCCUUAUUCCCUGGUACUCACCUCACACCCUACCUGAGCACUACAACGUUGGAGAGGGAUGGGGGAACUGCACACAACCCUCUCCUGCAGCACAUGGUCCUACUGGAACAGCCAACUGCACAAACGCCCCUGGUCACAGACUGGUAUCUUUCAGGACUGCCCCUGCACGCACAGCCCCUGGUGGGUGGAGAGAGGGUCUCCCCUUCGAUCCACAAGCUGCGGCAGCACCGCCCGCUUGGGCGCACCCAGUCUGCUCCCCUGCCCCAGAACGCCCAGGCCCUCCAGCAGCUGGUGAUCCAGCAGCAGCACCAGCAGUUCCUGGAGAAACACAAACAGCAAUUCCAGCAGCAACAGCUGCACAUCAACAAGAUAAUCUCCAAGCCCACGGAGCCGGCGCGGCAGCACGAGAGCCACCCCGAGGAGACGGAGGAGGAGCUGCGGGAGCACCAGGCGCUACUGGAGGAGCCCUACAGUGAGCGGGGCCAGAAGGAGCCCCCAGGGCUGACCAGCGUGGUGCAGGUCAAGCAAGAGCCCAUUGAGAGUGACGAGGAGGAGGCAGAGCCGCAGCAGGAGCUGGAGUCCGGGCAGAGGCAGGCAGAGCAGGAGCUGCUCUUCCGCCAGCAAGCCCUGCUGCUGGAGCAGCAGCGGAUUCACCAGCUGAGGAACUACCAGGCGUCACUGGAGGCAGCUGGCAUGCCCGUGUCCUUCGGGGGACACCGGCCCCUGUCGCGGGCACAGUCCUCCCCUGCCUCGGCCACCUUCCCCAUGUCCGUGCAGGAGCCGCCCACUAAGCCAAGGUUCACAACAGGCCUUGUGUACGACACAUUGAUGCUGAAGCACCAGUGCACCUGUGGAAACACCAACAGCCACCCUGAGCAUGCAGGCAGGAUCCAGAGCAUCUGGUCCAGGCUCCAGGAGACAGGGCUACGGGGCAAGUGUGAGUGCAUCCGUGGCAGAAAGGCGACUCUGGAGGAGCUGCAGACAGUUCACUCGGAAGCCCACACGCUGCUCUAUGGCACAAACCCUCUGAACAGGCAGAAACUGGACAGCAAGAAGCUUCUAGGUUCCCUAACGUCGAUGUUUGUCAGGCUUCCUUGUGGUGGUGUCGGGGUUGACAGUGACACCAUUUGGAACGAGGUGCACUCGUCCGGUGCUGCUCGCCUGGCCGUGGGCUGUGUCAUUGAGCUGGUGUUCAAAGUGGCUACAGGAGAACUGAAGAAUGGAUUUGCUGUUGUCCGGCCCCCGGGUCACCACGCAGAGGAGAGCACACCCAUGGGUUUCUGCUAUUUUAACUCUGUGGCAAUCGCAGCCAAGCUGCUCCAGCAAAGGCUCAAUGUGAGCAAAAUCCUCAUUGUGGACUGGGAUGUCCACCAUGGUAAUGGUACUCAGCAGGCCUUCUACAACGAUCCCAAUGUCCUUUAUAUCUCACUACAUCGCUACGAUGAUGGCAACUUCUUCCCAGGCAGCGGUGCUCCGGAUGAGGUUGGCACAGGAGCAGGAGUUGGUUUCAAUGUUAACAUGGCAUUUACUGGUGGCCUGGAUCCGCCCAUGGGAGACACAGAAUAUUUAACUGCCUUCAGGACAGUAGUGAUGCCCAUUGCCAACGAGUUUGCCCCAGAUGUUGUGCUGGUGUCGUCUGGUUUUGAUGCUGUGGAAGGGCACCCCACACCCCUUGGAGGAUAUAAUCUGUCAGCAAAGUGCUUCGGGUACCUGACGAAGCAGCUGAUGGGGCUGGCUGGGGGCCGCGUCGUACUGGCCCUCGAGGGUGGCCACGACCUCACUGCCAUCUGCGACGCCUCGGAGGCUUGUGUGUCUGCCCUGCUGGGAAAUGAGCUUGACCCUCUUCCAGAGAAGGUUUUCCAGCAGAGAGCAAAUGCUAACGCGGUGCAUUCCAUGGAGAAAGUCAUCGAGAUCCACAGCAAGUACUGGCAUUCCCUGCAGCGUUUUGCCUCCACGGUGGGAUAUUCCCUGGUGGAGGCCCAGAAGUGUGAGAACGAGGAAGCGGAAACAGUGACGGCCAUGGCAUCGCUGUCAGUGGGCGUGAAGCCAGCGGAGAAGAGACCUGAGGACGAACCCAUGGAAGAGGAGCCUCCCCUGUAGCACCCACCUUUGAGCUGGAGUCUCCUGUCUGUUCGUCUUCGUCUUGAAGCUCUGCCAAGAAGCUUUCUCUUGUUGCUCCUGCGUCCUGUCACGGUUAUUUCCCGAACACGGAAGGACAGCCAGGUGUAAAGCAAAGCAAGCGACACAAAAAAAAUAAAUCUCUCCGCAUCUUUGAGUCUCUUUUUGCCGAAAAAAAACCAUACUGGUGAAGAGCAGUAAAGGACUGACACGUUGGGCACUCUUCCUCUAGUCCUCACCGGGAGCGGAAAGAGGAAUGACGCCCGGGAAGUCUUUGGCAGAGUUGCCAACAACAAAAAAAAAAUAAAAAACAAAACAAAAGCAAAACACAAGAAUAACAAAGAAAUCAAAGAUUCAACAACACAAAUCAAACAAACCUUAACGUAAAACUGGUGCUUACAAAGUUGAUUACCCACAACUGAGCAAUCUCCGCUUGAACCACUCAACUCAUUGUGUACUUUCUUUUCUUGGAUAUUUGGAAAUGGCUCUUGCCUGCCUGUGAGUCAGUGACAGCUCUUGUCGGAACAGGAACAAGAUUGGGAGAUGAUGGUGAAUUUUUAAUGAGGAGGGACAGGGAACGAGGGACUCAUCUGACACCUAAAGGAAAGGGAAGCAGAAGUGGGGGGAACGGUAGCCCAGAUGGAGUCGGCUUUAUUGUCUCCAAAGCCAUCUGAAGAUGAGUUUGUGCCUUUUUUUUUAAUUGAUGGAUUUGGUGCAGCUGGAUUUUCUGAAGUUUGAGGAACAAUGCCUUAAGUAAAAAAUAAUUAAAAAAAAAAAAAAGAAAAAAAAAAAACCA